AUGAAAUAAGGUUAUUGGAUUUAAGGAUGGAGUGAUUUAGUAGCAAAUUUAAAAGUGACCUAAAAUUGUAUAGAUUUGGUUGAUGUUCAAGGAAAUGGCUAAUAUAAUUUAGUGGUUGCAGAUUAAAAUUAAAGACUAGUUUCAUAUAGGAAUACAAAUAUUGCUUGGGAAACUAGAUUGACAGAUAAACCAGUUUGUAUGACAUAUUUCUAUGGUGACACAUCAGGUUAACCUUGCAUUAGUAUAUGUUAUGGAAAUACCAUAUAUAACUAUAAGAUUUUCAAAGCCUUUUAUAAAUGUCAAAUUCCCAAUAUUCAAUUGAAACAAGAAGAAUCAGAUAUUUGGAAAUAAUAUUAGAGUGAUAGAAAUAUGCAAAACCUUAUUAAGGAUUUAAGUAAUUUACAAUAAUAACAUUCAAAUUUAUCAUACAAGUCUUUGGAAUUAUUAUGUUUUUAUGAUUUGUAAAAAUAAUAAGAAUUAGCAGAAAAAUAUUGUGAUAAUCUUCAUAUUGAAGACUCAAUUACUUGUGUAAGUGUAUUUAAGAAAAAUGCAGAUGAGGAUAAAUCAUAAGGAUAAUUAAUUGUAGGAACAGAAUUGAAAUUCAUAUACAUAUAUAAUUAAGAAAUAACAUAAAUUUAAAAAAAAGUAAAUAUAUAUUAAAAUAAUAUAGUAUGAAAUACCUGGAGUUCCUAUUUCAAUUUGUAUAUUUUCAGAAGAACAAAAAGAUGGUAGAAUUGCAAUAUUAGUAAGAGAGAAUUGUAUUUAUUUUAUUGGAAAUGAUAUUGAAGCAUAUACUAUAGAUUUAUAAUCAAAACCAAUUACUAUGAUAAGAUAAUAACGAUGUUUGUAUAUAGCAACUAUGGAUAGGGUUGUCUAAAAUUAUUAACAUAAAUAAAAAUAAUAUUAAUUAUUGAUGUAACAUAAUAUCUUAGCUAUUGAAACUGUAACUAUAGGUAAAGGACAUGAAACUAAAGGUUUACUUGUUGCAUUAGAAAACAAAACUAUAUAAUUCUAUAAGGAUACUUAAUUAAUGUCUAUUAUUAAUUUGGAAGUAAAGAUUAAUUUAUUAAUUUAGAGUAAUGUUUCAGUUAUGAAAUUUGGAUACUUUGGAGUUAGUUAAGAUGGUUUUCUUAUUACUAUUAAUAUAAAAGGAGCAUUAGAAACAAGAACUUUAUCUAGAGAAUUUGAAAGGAAGAAAUAGGCAAUAUUAGAAAAAGAAAUUAUAAAACCAAUUGAAUUUCCACCAAUUACAAAUUUAUUUAUUGAAUAAUUUUAAAGAGAGAGAGAGUAAGGUUCUGAAAUGUUAAGAACAUAUUAAUAUGAUUUAUUAAGAAUGAGAUAUAAAACUGCUUAAACUUAUUUGAAUAUAUUGUCUAAUAAUGAAUAGGCUCCUCAAUUAAAUUAGAAUAAUCCUUUGAGGCUUUCUGCUAUAGUUGAAGGAUUAGGACCAAAAUUUAAAUUAUGUUGUGUUGUUGAAAAUAUUAGUAAUCAACCAAUCAAAGAUAUUUAUAUUAAUUAUGUAUACAAUUCAGAUAUUUAUUAACCAUUUUAAUUAAUAAAUUAAUUACCAUUUUUAAUACCAAAAUAUUAAAAAAACUUUGAUUGUUAUUUUACAAAUAUUCAUUAAAAUGGUAUAAGUGAUAAAAUUAAAAUAAUUUUGUAUAGGGAAUCAAAAUAAUUAAUUUAAACUACAAUUUAGAUGCCAAUGAGUGAAUUAGAAUGA